GGUGGUAAUUAGGUGCGUUAAUUAUCCAUUUAUUUUCGCACUCCAGAAGCAAAUGUCUGCAAAUCGUUCAAAAUAGUUACACCAUUAAAUACGACAGAGUGCGAGUUUAUUAUUUAAAAGUUUUGAAAUGUCCACCUCAGCAAUACGCCCAGAUUUCGGUCGUGUUACCGUAAUUAUUGUUCUAUCCUUGCUGGGCGUUUUGGUCAUCAUAUUUCUCAUCGGAAUUGGAUUUUUUAUAUUUGGUAGUAGAGAAGAUUACGAAAAUUACCAAGACUUGGGGGAAGAAAAAGAAUUUCACUUUCCGUCAAAGCAUCCCAGCAGCAGAUCUCCAAAGCCAAAGUCCAAGCAAUUUAAGUCUCAUCAUCAGUUAGUUAGUGUUUGUGCUCAUUGCAAAUGUCCCAUUAGUUCUUCGGCGAUCAUUUCAGGACGAAUGGUUGCUGACCAACAACAACAACCACCACGAUUUGACAACUCCUCCACGUAUCAAAAAGCGAUGGAAAUAAUUUACAUUUGACAAAGUCUCUCCCAAAUUUGUGUUGUCGAAAAUUAUGUGGUUUUUAUUCCAACUCAAAAUAUUCACUUCCUGAAAACAUUUAAUUUGUUAAAUCUAUUAUGAAUAACUUUCAUAUUAAUUGAAGAAUGUGUGCAGUUCUGAAGUGAAUGAUUAUCUAUCUAUCCUUUCCACAUAUGCAAAAUACAUAACAUGAAUUAUUUACUAUUGGAAAGGUCACUUUGAUUCGAUGAUUAUUGGUGGGCAUGCAAAAGUUGUACCGUUCUUAUCAUGUUUUGUCGUUGUAAGUGGUGAGAAAUUCUUUAAUGAUGCACAGGAUAUAAUUUGUGUAAAUACAUGCAGAUGUAGAUGCUGCUGGUAACAAUACUUGGUAUUUAUGCAAUUAUGACUAAUUAUUUCUCCCAGUAUUUAUUAAAUCAUGCACGUUAAUAAGGCACGAUUUAAAUAUAGUUUUCUUAUACUGUCAGCGUUGUAA